GGCUCAGAAUUAAUGGUACACCUCACUAACUUUCAGUUCACAGCAAAAUGAAUGGCCACGAGAAAGCAGUAAUAAUAUGAAUGGUUGAAAUCCAAAUUCCAUAAUCAGUUAGCCCCACUUCAGAAUUCCUCUCAGCUCAAUCUCUGCAAAGUUAUUUCCUUUCAACUCUUUACUCUUCAAGGUAUGCUCUUCUAAAUUCUUGAGACUGAUAAAUGAGCUACUGCUUCAGUUUCCUUUCCUUUCCUCUGUUUUAUCUUUGAAAAAUCAAGAAUUUUUUAGGGGUUUACUUGAUCAUCAAUGUUUGGUUAAAUUCUGAAUUUUGGGGUUUUGUUGGUUGAUUUUUCUAAACAAAAUGCCUUAUCUGAAUGUCUGGUCUUCAAGGAGUAAUUCUAGUAUGUUACCUCAUAUGGAAUUAGAGUUGGCUUCAUCUUCUAGUUCAGUUUUUACAAGACUAAGAACUGAAAGUUGGAUUCUUGCAUACUCUUUAUCACAUAAUUCAAGCUUUGAUCAUGUAUCAAGAAGUGUUAUUUAUCCAAAGAAUAAGACUAAGUUCAAAAAACAAGAAGGAUUCUUUCCUUUUCGCCGCGGAAAGAAGGAUUCUUUUGGCCCAUCUUUUGCAUUGACGCAGGCCUCUGAAGAGCAAGCUAUUGAUUGUGAUGUAAUAAAACAAAGUUCACAAUCUUUCACUAGAGGGGAAGGUGGGGUUGAGGGUUUCAGUUGUGUUCAAUUGGAGGAAAAGAGGGUCUUGACUCAUAAUUAUGAUGAUGGUGAUUGUGAUGUUAAAAGUGAGGAGGAAGAGGUAGGGAGAGUAAAAGGCGAGAAGGUGGACGUUCGAGCUCUAGCACAGAGCUUGCACUUUGUCAAAACUGCUGAUGAGGUAGAUGAAGUUCUCAAAGAUAAGUUAGAGUUGCCCCUUCAAGUUUACUCAUCUAUGAUUAGAGGUUUUGGCAAGGAUAAGAAGUUACACUCUGCAAUGGCACUCGUCAAGUGGUUGAGGAGGAGGAGCAAGGAUAACAUCGGUUCCAUUACCUUAAAUGUGUUCAUUUAUAACAGUCUAUUAGGCGCCAUAAAGGAGGCGGGGAAGUAUGAAUUUGUUGAUAAAGUGUUGGAUGAUAUGGUAUCGGAAGGAGUGGAUCCUAAUGUUGUGACUUAUAAUACUCUGAUGAGAAUUUACAUAGAACAAGGUCGGGAACUUGAAGCUCUCAAUCUUUUCAAAGAGAUGUCAAAGAAGGGACUCUUUCCUAGUCCUGCAACUUAUUCCACUGCCUUGUUUGCUUAUCGGAGACUUGAAGAUGGGCUUGGCGCUAUAGCUUUUUUUGUCGAGACAAGAGAGAAAUAUCAAAACGGUGAAAUAGGAAAUAUUGAGGAAGAAAACUGGGGGUACGAAUUUCCCAAGCUUGAGAAUUUCACAAUUAGAAUUUGCUACCAGGUGAUGCGGCAAUGGCUGGUAAAGGGCGAAAACUCAAGCACCAAUGUUCCGAAACUACUAGCAGAUAUGGAUAAGGCUAGGCUCCAACCUAGUUGUGCAGAAUAUGAACGCCUCGUGUGGGCGUGUACCCGUGAAGAACAUUAUGUUGUAGCAAAAGAACUGUAUAAUAGGAUAAGAGAGAGGGAUACAGAGAUUAGCUUAUCCGUCUGCAACCACAUCAUUUGGUUGAUGGGUAAGGCGAAGAAAUGGUGGGCAGCUCUCGAAAUUUAUGAGGAUUUGUUGGACAAGGGGCCAAAACCAAACAACAUGUCAUAUGAACUGAUAGUUUCUCAUUUUAACAUACUAUUGAACGCGGCCAAAAAAAGAGGUAUUUGGAGAUGGGGUGUUAGGUUGCUGAAUAAGAUGGAAGAGAAGGGGCUUAAACCAAGCAGUAGGGAAUGGAACGCAGUGCUUGUCGCCUGUUCCAAGGCUUCAGAAACAUCCGCUGCAGUACAGAUUUUUAGGAGAAUGGUAGAAAAAGGUGAAAAACCAACAGUUAUCUCCUAUGGAGCAUUGCUCAGUGCUCUAGAGAAAGGCAAGCUCUACGAUGAGGCCCUUCAGGUUUGGAAACAUAUGAUCAAAAUGGGAGUUGAGCCGAAUUUGUAUGCCUAUACUAUUAUGGCAUCAAUUUACACUGCCCAAGGGAAAUUUAACAUAGUUGAUUCAAUCAUCAAGGAGAUGGUUUUCACUGGAGUUGAGCCUACAGUUGUCACGUUCAAUGCUAUCAUCAGCGGAUGUGCUCGAAAUGGUAUGGGAAGUGUUGCGUACGAGUGGUUCCAUCGUAUGCAAACUCAAAACAUAACCCCUAACGAAGUUAGCUAUGAGAUGCUAAUUGAGGCACUCACGAAUGAUGGCAAGCCGAGGCUGGCAUAUGAGUUGUAUAUGAAGGCUCUAAAUGAAGGCCUAUGUCUUUCUUCAAAGGCUUAUGAUGCAGUCAUAUCGUCUACACAAGCAUAUGGUGCGAGUAUUGAUCUAAGCAUUCUCGGCCCGCGUCCACCAGAAAAAAAGAAGAGAGUUCAAAUCAGGAAAAACUUGUCAGAAUUCUGUAAUAUAGCUGAUGUUCCUAGAAGAAGCAGACACUUUGACAGGGAAGAAAUUUUUACUGCUCAGACAAAAGGAAAAUGAUAAGCCCAACAUUAUAUUGCUAAUAUGUGUAGGAUCUGCUCCUAAAAACAAAGGUAUACAACUCAUUGUUUAUAUGUUUGCUGCUUUCCACAAAGAGUACUAUAUGCUUCAUCUUGUGCAAAGCUACAUAGUAAGAUAACUCUGAUUGACUUUAGAUGCAAAGUCAGGCCUUUUUCAUUUACCUUUUCACCUCGUAGAAUUUCCUGGAUUCAGGCAUUCAGCUUUUAUCUGGCACUUCCCAUAUAUAAAUCCAUUAUAAUACAAUACCUCCCUUUUGAGAAAGGGCCCAACAGCCUCUUUUUGUCUUCUUGAGCCGAGGGUCUUUCGGAAACAGCCUCUCUGUCCCUCGGGAUAGGGGUAAGGUCUACAUACACACUACUCUCCCCAGACCCCACUAGUGGGAUUUUACUGGGUCGUUGUUGUUGGCCCAACUCUUAUCUAAAGAAGGAGGUGGAAGCCAGGAAAGUGUCAUUCUUGAUCCACUAAUAUUGUUCCUUUGUACUGAAAAAGUUGUAAUGAAAGUUGAAAACUUUACAGUGUUUUUGAGU